AAAACACAGCCGGAGGAAGGAAGCAGCGACAUCAAGCCAUCUCGAAAGUAUCGUCCUCAGUUUCUGUUUUACCAAUAAGCUACCAGCACCGCGGCUACUUUUAGAAAUCCUUUGUAGCUUUUAUAUUUUUGCUUCGAUACACGCGCUACCUCUGUUUUCAUCCACUGCCAGCUGCUCGACUUUGACGCAAUAUGCCUUCAGAAAAAACCUUCAAACAAAGAAGGACAUUCGAACAGAGAGUAGAGGAUGUCAGACUGAUCCGAGAGCAGCACCCCAACAAGAUACCUGUGAUCAUUGAGAGGUAUAAAGGAGAAAAACAGCUUCCCAUCCUGGACAAGACCAAGUUCCUGGUGCCAGACCACGUCAACAUGAGCGAACUCAUCAAGAUUAUCAGGAGGCGCCUCCAGCUAAACUCCAACCAGGCUUUCUUCCUGCUGGUCAACGGCCACAGCAUGGUCUCUGUGUCGGCUGCUAUCUCUGAGGUCUAUGAACGGGAGCGGGACCAAGAUGGCUUCCUCUACAUGGUGUACGCCUCCCAGGAGACCUUUGGCACUGCCACGACCACCCAGUGAACAGCCUUCCUUCUUCUUCCACCUGGCAGGAAAUUGGACAAUUGGUAGUUUUUAGCCCCCUCCAUGUUUCUUGCCACGCACCUUUAGUCGACUGAAAGAACUAAAACACCAACUGCUUCAUCCAAACACAACGUAAAAUAGUUUCCCAGCUCCAAUUGGUCUCCGUUAUGACUGCAGUGAGUGAAUGGACUGUUCGUGGACCACCUCACUCUCCCAGUAGCAUAAAUCCACAAGGGUUGACCAGAAAGUUCAAGUAGAGAAAUCCCCAAAUCUGACGAUGACUCGGGCCAACAGCGUCUUUAGUGUCUCUGCUUCUUUAUUGUCCUCUCUGGUGAUUCAUGUCCGCUGUCAUGGCAAAGUGCAGCCUGUCGAUGGCAGUUAAUUUCAGUGUUGUGCUUACGUGUCUCCUAGGCUGUACUUAUGUUCAUGUAUAUAUACAUUUCAGGUAGUGACAUUACAUAAAAGUGGUGAGGCGCCACCACUUAUCUAUAUAUACAUUAGCCAAUGAAGAAAGCCAACCUUUAAUUUUAAGUUUUUUGGAGACAGGCACCAGAGAAAGUUAGGGGUGUGUGGGUUCAUAUGUUGUUUUUAAUGGAGAUUUUUAUUGGAGUUAAAAGAUAAAACUAAGGGAUUAGUAGUCUCGAUCGCAGUACUUUUACCAGAGAAAAUAGGUAAAUGAAGUAGAGAACGUCCUUGUUAGAGAACACAUCUCUGCUGUGUGUCGUCACAUUCCCUCUGUGGUCCUACUUUGAUGUUUUCAUCCCUCCCUGCCUUGUAAGCUACAGCAUCUUCACUGUAACAACAAGAUGUUAGGAACUGCUUUUGCUCUUGAAACAGAUGAUUGUAGAUUGCAAAAAAAAAAAAAAAUGCCUUGGUGUACAGAUAAUAUUGACUUUACAGCUUUGAAUAUGAAAGGGGUUCCAGUGAGA